AUGACCUGGACCUUCCACACCACACCCAUGGCCUGCAACAGCCUCUGCCGACCCUGCGGACCCACCCCGCUGGCCAACAGCUGCAACGAGCCCUGUGCCCUGCAAUGCCAGGACUCCCGCGUCAUCAUCAACCCUUCCCCUAGCACCGUCGUCGGAUCCACCUCCUCGGCUGCCGUGGGCACUGAACUCAAUGCCCAGGGACAGCCCAUCUCUGGGGGAUUUGGCUUUGGCCUUGGCUAUGGGCUGGGAGGCCUGGGCUGUGGCUAUGGCAGAAGGGGCGGCUACAUCUGCUAA